UCUGCAUCACAUAUUUAUUCUUUUUUAUAUACUUUCUUGACAAAUGUUAUUCUUAUUAAUUGUCUACGUAUGAGUCAUACCAUACAUUAUCUUUUUAUUUAUUUAUAUUAAACUUAUAUUUGAAUCUUCACAUUAAAGCUUUGUUUGGCUGUACAAGUAGUAUCUACUUCCCAACAAUCUCUGCUAUUCUGCUUCAAGCUUCAAACUUGGUCCCAAGAGGAGGAGCAGAACCAGAAGAAGGGUUAAGAAUGGGCCGGGGAGUCAGUGCUGGUGGAGGACAGAGUUCUUUGGGCUAUCUAUUUGGAAGUGGAGAGACUCCUAAAAAAGCCCAAACUUCUCAAAACCCAGACCCAGUUACAGUCACAAACACUGUUUCUCCUCAAAAACCUGUGGUUGUUGCUUCAAAGCCUAAGAUAAUUGACAAGGAGAUCCCAGCAGGAAUUCAUGGCAACCCUACCAACAAUUAUUUUAGAGCUGAUGGCCAGAACUGUGGAAAUUUUAUAACAGAUCGGCCAUCUACCAAGGUUCAUGCUGCUCCAGGAGGUGGAUCAUCUUUGGGUUACCUCUUUGGUGGGGUUGGGAACUAAGAUCAUCUCCUUCCUUCAUAUGAACCCAUCAAUAAUUUGUUACUGGCAACAUAUUACACAUAUUUUAGAAACCAUUUCUAAAAAGAUCUUACUUGUUUGGAUCAGUGAUCUUUAUUUGUACAAUGGCCUUUUGUGGAUUCUUGUGCUUGGAAAUUGCAUGGAUACUCUUGGAUGAAUCUGUAUAUCUUGUACGUUGUGGGAUUAUUAAUGUCUGUUUUGCCUCA